AUGUUGACCUACUAUCUCAAACCAUGUCUUCCCAUACUGCACUGGACCUUUCUCUGUGCUUUGUUUUUUUUAGACAAUCAAGAUUACUAUGACUAUCAAGAUGUCACCCAGCGCACUCCCGAGGAGCAGUUCCAGUAUCAGUCCCAGCAACAGACCCAGCAAGAGAUCAUCCCAGCGCCAACCCCAGAUUUUCCCGAGACCGAACCCACAGAACCUGGACCUCUUGAUUGCCGGGAGGAGCAGUAUCCCUGCACCAGGCUCUACUCGGUCCACAAGCCCUGCAAGCAGUGCCUGAACGAGAUCUGCUUCUACAGCCUCCGCCGGGUGUACGUUAUUAACAAGGAAAUCUGUGUCCGUACCGUGUGCGCCCACGAGGAGCUGCUCCGAGCUGACCUGUGCCGGGACAAGUUCUCCAAAUGCGGCGUGCUGGCAACCAGUGGCCUCUGCCAGACCGUGGCUACCUCCUGCGCCAGAAGCUGCGGCGGCUGCUAAGGCUGGACGGCGGAUGCCACAGCAGACCCACGGGCCCCGACUCUGCUGUCUCAAGGCCAGGCCAAGCCGAGCCAGAGGAAAGUUCUCUCCCCGGAGCGACCUUCCGUCUGCCCCGGUAGAAUAACAUUGUCAUUGUGCUCAUGAAAUCAAUGGUGCUAAGGAAACACGGUGCAUGAAACAGCAUAGACGUCCAUUUUGUGCACAUAAUAUAGGGAUUUUUAUGGGGUUUUUUUAUUACUUUUUAUUAUAUUGGAAGAGUCACCGGCAGGGGCUGGACUGGGCCAGUGCAGUCUGAUUGGACUCAGCCGGCGCAGGCCAGCCCAGCCGGGCUGCUGGCUCAAUUUAUACGUAGAGAACAAGUGUAACGACUUGUCUGAAUUUCUGGUCUCUCCCACCCACCCUUUUUGCUGCUUUCUUAGACCAUUGCCCUUGUCUCUCCUUCCUCCUCCUCCGACUUCCCAGUGGGUUUGAUGGCUGCUGCUUUAGUCCUUCGUUUGGACCAGGGUGCAGUUUGAAGCUUGUGCUGGGUGCUGGCCCAAGGGUCUAUUUUGGGGGGCCCCGUCUGGCCCCAAAGUUGUGCCGGGCUUGUUCAACUCUGUAGCUUGCCACAAUGCUUCAGGAGCUGGGCUCUGCCUGCUGCGUCCCACCCCCGCUCUGCCUCACGCCCCGGUCGCCUUGUGAACGCGCCAACGGGCUGAACGGCAGCUUGGCGUAUGCCCCAAUUCGCCUCGGCUCAAGCGUCCGCUUGUUACCUGCCCCACGGCGAUCGCAGGGAGGGGAACAGCGGCUCGGCUGAAGAUGUCUGAGCUGGGCCGCAGCGGGUAUGCUGUGCUGCACGGGAGGCAGCCCGGGGCGUAUUUUGACAGCUGGCAGGGUACUGCUGCAGAGAUGGGAGACGCCCGUUCUCUCGGUGCAGGGACUUGGGAUCCCCCUGGGGAGAUGACGGGCUAGAGAGGUCAGAGCAAAUAACAUCCGCCCACUGCAGCCAACCUUCAGAAACUCAGGCCCUAGAGUGCCAGCUGAGCUGGGAUGAUGCUGGUGCCUGCUCCCACCUGGUCCAGGCCGUUCCUUCCCUAGAAAGAUAAUGACUCUUUUGAGGUAGAUGCCGCACAGGUGGGUGGAUGGAGGCCACUCGUACCCUCUCCCUCUGUGCUUUGCCAACGUCAGCCCUUUUCAGCUGUGGAGUUUAACUCUUUCCCCGUGCGCUUGCUCCUUCAUCUCUCCGCUUCCUCAGACGGGUGCUAGCUCACCCGUGGCACCUGCAGGAGAGCUUUGUGGUCCACUGAAAAAUCACUGGCCGUCUCUGCAUCAACAAGCCAGGCAUCUGUCACUCUUGCAGCUCCAUACCUGAUCCAACCGGGGGUGCCCUCGCCUCCUGCCCUUCGAGCCAGGUAUUUAGGGUUACCGAGCUCAGCAUUUCUAUGUGUAAAUGAUUUAGGAACCUAAAUCCCAUUGACAGUCAAUGAGAUUUAGGCUCCUAAAUGGCCAUGCUGAGUGCAGCAACCGCUAAAUAGCUUGUUAAAAAAACGGGGCCAUGGAUGGAGAUGUGACGCUGACUGUGUGCGGUGAAUUGGGCCAGGCCAUUUUCCAGUACCUCUGGCUUAGAGCGGCCCUGAAGCGCUGCAUUCUCCUCGGCUGGUCUGGUUUGCUUGCAUUCGCUGUAGCUUUGUACGGAUAAUUCCUUUUUUUUUGUACAAAACGAAUGUUUUAAAAAAAUAAACACCCCAAAAAGGUCA